CACAGACACAUGAAAUUUUCUUCUUCUUCUUCUUGUAAAUUUUAAUAGUCAUUUUGAAAGAAAGAAAGACAAGAUUUUGCCCUUUCGGCACAGGCACCAAAUCUGAGGCUGCCUGCAGCUAAAAAGUUUUUCUACUCCUAAUUUAAACCACAAUUCCUUGAUCCUGGUCAGACUUAUUUUGGCGCUUCUCGCAACCGUCUUUGGUUGCUGCUUUCGAACCUUCUUCCCACCCCGGCCACAAACAUAAAAAAAUUUCACCUCACACACAGCACAACCCUCACGCACUGAGAGGUAAAUUCGAGAACAGAAAAGCGCUUUCUUCUUAGAAUGGAUGAAGAUAGAAUAGGGUUGGUUUUGGCUAAGACCUCAGAGUUAAGGUCCAAGAUUGUUAACUGCAUUCACAAAACAGCUCCUAAUGUAGAGAAAGAAGGUAAAGAGAGUGAGUCGAAAGAAUUUGAAGCAAGCCCAGAUGCAGAAAAUCAAGAUGAUACUGAGGAAGAAGCAGAGAGUCUUCUCAAUAUUAGAGAUGCCCUUGAAUCCCUCGAGGGCCAGCUGUCUUCUCUACAGGCACUGCAACAGCAGCAAUGGUAUGAAAAAGAAGCAGCCUUGGCUGAGAUUGAAUACAGCCAAAAAAAGUUGCUGAAAGAGCUGAAGGAAUACAAAGGCAAGGACUUGGAAGUCAUACACGAGGCCAUUGCUUUUGCUGGUGAAACAGAGGACAGCAACGAUCUCCUCCUUCCCCCAUACCCAAGUCGACCUCUUCAGUCUGUUGUCUCAGACAAUGGCUAUCUCUCAAACUUCACUUCCACUCGCAAAUUUCAUCAAAACGGGGCGAUAGCUGGUGGCUUAAAAAAUCUCCUCGAUGUUCCGAAGGAUCUCCACAAGUCGGAGACUAGCCAUAGACAAUCUGGACCAUCGAGCCCAUUUCAACGGGUAAAAGUCUUGAUAAGCACGGCCGCUAAGGCAGCUGUGACCAUAGCCGGGGUGGUGACGAUCUUGAGUUUGGCUGGUUUUGAGCCAAGGCUGAGAAAAAGGGAUAAUCAGUUGAAGCUACCAGACUUAUUUCAGCUGCAACGGAAUAAUGAGAAGGGAGCUACUGUUGAGUGUCCAGCAGGGAAGGUCCCUGUGAAGGAAAAUGGCGAAAUCCGGUGCGUCGUGAAAGAGAGAGUCGAAAUUCCAUUUGAGUCGGUUGUUGCUACUCCUGAUGUGAGCUACGGUUGUGGUUGAAAUGAAAUUUGUUCAGACUUAACCUGAAAAAGAGAAAAAGAAUUGUAGGAGUAUUCAUUUGUGUCUUUUUUGUAUAUUCCCAUCUCUUUUUGACAUACGUUCUGAAAGUCUAUCGUUCUGAUGAUGUAGUAAUUGUCCUCAUCUUUGUGCAAGUAAUGGGACAACAGCAAA